AGAAAAUCAACGGUCUGGAACAAACCAGCAAUCAAAAAAACUCAACCUCGAAUCCCCCCUCAGCCAACAACUCCCUCCCUCGUGAACACCUACAAUACCACCACCACCCAUCCCACGAACCCCCCGCCCAAAAAAAAAAAUGGCCGACGACGGCCUCCUCCUAAACUUCACCCUAGGAGGCGACACCGUGCUCAACGCCACCACCACCAAAGUCAAAGGCGGCACAUGGCGGGACCGGCUCAGCGCAAAGAAGAUCGCGGCGCACCGGAAGACGCCGCGCGACCCGAACGCGCCCAAGCCCGAACACACGAGCAAGAACCCCAACCGGAUCGCCGUCUCGUCGCGGCCGGUAAAGCGCCAACGGACGGACGACAGCAGCAACAACAACUCCGGCCCAAACAACCACACCCGCGGCAAUCAAAACCAGUCGGCGCGGCCGUUCGUCUCCUCGCUUUUCACCAAGAAUCCUGUCCCCCAGAAUGCGGAGGCCGAGCCUAAGGAUGGAGAGGAGGGGGUGGAGGUGGAGGAGGCGAAGCCGACGAACGCGCCGCUGAUCGAUGGGCUGGAUACGUUUACGAAUCUGGGGUUGUCGGAAGCGCUGGCGGCGCAUCUGCUGACGAAGUUGGGGGUGAAGGCGCCGACGGCGAUUCAGAAGGCGUCGAUCUCGCAGCUGCUCAAGGAGGAGAGCGAUGCGUUUAUUCAGGCGGAGACGGGGUCGGGGAAGACGAUGGCGUAUCUGUUGCCGUUGGUGCAGCGGCUGAUGAGCAUCUCCAAGGCGUCGGCGGGCGGGAAGGACGGGGGGUCGGUCGUGCAUCGCGAUAGUGGGUUGUUUGCCAUUGUGCUGGCGCCGACGCGCGAGCUGUGCAAGCAGAUUGCGGUCGUGUUGGAGGGCUUGCUGCGGUGCGCGCACUGGAUCGUGGCCGGCACGGUGAUCGGUGGCGAGAAGAAGAAGUCCGAGAAGGCGCGGCUCCGGAAAGGGUUGAACAUCCUGGUCGCGACGCCGGGCCGGUUGGCGGACCAUCUGGAGAACACGCAGGCGCUGGACGUGAGCAAUGUGCGGUGGUUGGUGCUGGACGAAGGUGAUCGGUUGAUGGAGCUGGGGUUCGAGAAGGAGCUGCAGGGUAUUAUUCAGAAGCUGGACGCUCGGCAGCGCCCCUGUCGCAUCCCCGGGGUGCCGGCCAAGCGCACGACGAUCCUGUGCUCGGCGACGUUGAAGAUGAACGUGCAGAAGCUGGGCGAGAUCAGUCUGAAGGACGCGAUCCACGUGCAGGCGGACCCCGCCGACGAGGACCCCGAGGCCGUCAAGCACAAGGACGAGGACGAGGCGUUCCGCGUCCCCGCGCAGCUGAAGCAGUCCUACGCGAUCGUCGCCGCCAAGCUGCGGCUGGUCUCGCUGACGGCGUUCCUGAAGCGGACGUUCAUGCGCAAGGGCUCCGUGAUGAAGGCGAUUGUCUUCGUCUCGUGUGCGGACUCGGUGGAUUUCCACUACGAGCUCUUCACGCGCAAGCUCAAGGCCGAGGAAGACGACAACAAGAAGGACAGCGACGGAAGCUCCGACAGCGACGACAGCUCCUCGUCGAGCGAGGAUGAAGAAUCCGACAACGACAAGAAGCCAGCCACCAAGCCCAACGAGCACGGCACCGUCGCCCUGGCCACCGCGUUCUCCAACCCGUCCAACCCCGUGAUGCUGCACCGACUGCACGGCUCGCUGCCGCAGCACGUGCGCACGGCGACGCUGGGCGCGUUCGCGCGCAGCCGCGAGGCCUCGGUGCUGAUCUGCACGGACGUGGCGUCGCGUGGUCUGGAUCUGCCCAACGUGGACCUGGUGGUCGAGUACGACCCGGCGUUCAGCGCGGAGGACCACCUGCACCGGAUUGGGCGCACGGCGCGUCUGGGCCGCGACGGGCGGGCGCUGCUCUUCCUGAUGCCCGGCUGCGAGGAGAACUACGUCGACAUCCUGAAGCGCGGGUACCGCGACGGCGGCAAGGCGCUGACGCGGCUGAACGCGGACGACAUCCUGAAGCGCGGGUUCGGCGGCAACGUGCAGGCGCAGAGCAAGGACUGGGAGGUCAAGACCACAGACUGGCAGAUGGACGUCGAGCGCUGGGCGGUCGACCACCCGCAGUACCUGGAGAUGGCGCGCCGCGCGUACCAGUCGCACAUCCGCGCCUACGCGACCCACGUCGCCAGCGAGCGCCACAUGUUCAACAUCAAGGAGCUGCACCUGGGCCACCUGGCCAAGAGCUUCGCGCUGCGCGACCGGCCCAGCAAGAUCAACGUGCCGGGCCUGCGGCAGAGCAGCAGCGACGCCAAGAAGGACUUCAAGGCGGCGCGCAGCGGCGGCAGCAGCAGCAGCACGGCGGGCGGGAAGAAGCGCAAGGCCGGCGAGGAUGACGGGGACCGGGGCGCCGCGGAUGUGUCUCUGGCGGCGCAGAAGAUGAGAGCCAAGAUGAGGGAGCACAUGGCGGGGGCCAACGAGUUCAAUCUUGCUUAACUAACCUUCACCUUUUUCCACAUUUCUCCCAACAAGACCAAAAGCAAGAGCAUGUAAAUAAUCCAGAGAUUGACGGAUACAGACCAAUUCAAUAGAUAUCCCACAACGAGAUCUUCCCAUCCUUGGACCCAGCCGCCAGCCAGUGGGUAUUCUGGACUUUGUGAUUGCGUAGUCGCCGAUGGACGGCCGCCAGGCCGCCUCCUCUGCCGUUAAGGCCUGUAAGCGUACGCUCACUGGAGCCAACACCUUCACCUUCACCGUCAC